UAUGUAUAAAAAAUGGCGUGAAAAAAAUGUAAGGAAAGUAUUUGAGUAUAUAAAGAUUGGGUGUAGGCUUUACUACGACAUUAUUAGAUUCCGAAAUUUUUGAACUAAACUUAUCUUUGGUUUAGAGUAUUUACAACGGAUUUAGCAUGAUAACAGUUUUGGUUUUGUUGUCACAGGCUGUCUUCGGUCAGAGUACCCCUGUGGUGUAUAAGCCAUCACCAUUUUAUGUUCAACCAGCACAAUUUAAAUAUGUGGCACCUGUCGUUGUCAAAGAAUCGAAGCCUUAUAGCUUUGGAUAUAAUGCUCCUGCGAUUGGUGGCGGCAGUUCGAGACAGGAAACAUCAGAUGGAUCCGGUAGAGUUGUUGGAUCUUACACCGUGACUGAUGCCGAUGGCAGAGCUAGAAUUGUUGAUUAUUAUGCCGAUGAAACAGGAUUCCAUGCUAAUGUCCAAACCAACGAGCCAGGUACUGCAAACCAAAACCCCGCUGACGUUUCUGUCCAAUCUUAUGCUGCUCCAGCUGUUUCACCUGUAGUAUCACCUAAAAUCAUUGCAGCUCCAUCCAUAGUUGCUCCAGCACCUAUUUAUCGAGCACCCAUAAGAAACAUAGCACGAAGAGUUUUUGCUCCGGUUCCUGUUUCUUACGGAUAUCUGCCAGCUUAUAACACUUUGCAGUACGAACCUGUCACGUAUGGAAGCUAUUAUUCUCCAUACAAACUAAGUUAUUACAAGUAGGAAAUGAUAUAUAUUUUGAUUCAAGCCACUGUAAGAGGAUUAUUCUAGAUUUUAAAACUGAACAGUUAAAAUUUUAUUGUUUUAAAUAAAUUGUAAUUUCUGACGAAA